CCGCCAUCUACGCAACACCACAAUAUUCACCUGCCUUCUCAUUCACGCUUCUGGACACCCACUGCGCGUUUCUGACAGCCAGUGAUAUCUGUGUCGCUCUGUGCUAGGACCUCAAGCCCUUCAAUCUUCCAUACCCCAAUACCAGAUCCAGCCAUGUCACACCGACGCUCUGGCAACUCAAGGCGGCAGCAGUCCGUCGACUUCCCACGCUAUCCUCCCAUGCCUCAAGCACAAACACAACAACCAACCUCCACAGCCACUCCUCUUCCUGCACCGAUGCCUUUGCCUCCCAUACAACCAGGUAUACUCGCAUCAGACUACGAGUCCGACAAUCAGGGCUACCAGUCAGACUACCCGACUGGGCCACCGCCUCCGAAUCGUACCAAUGAAGAAUUGAACCUAUCUGUCCUCAAACGCCACAAUCCCGAGAUCUCCUCCAUACUAUCUAUCGCACCCUACGCCGUCGUGUACGAAUUUUCUCCCAUGCCACAACCUGAAUGGACCAAAAUCGGAGUGGAAGGGUCCUUGUUUAUCUGCGAGCUUGUACCUGGAAAAUAUGGCGAGGACAGAUACUCCGCCAUUGUUCUGAACCGGAGGGGUCUGGACAAUUUCGAAGCGGAAUUGAGGGAGGGUGAAAAUGCAGGCGUCGAGAUAACGGGGGAAUACGUGAUCAUCAGUUUCAAAGAAGGGCACGAGCAGAAAAUCUACGGCGUCUACAUUUUCCACGAACCAGGAUCGUCAACGGAAAAUGCUCAAACCCUGAAUGGCGAGCUCAUGAAAUCGCUCGCUGAUCAUGCUGGAGCGAGUAAACAAGCCGCCGAGGCCGCGGCCUCUGCUGCUGUGGCUCAGCAUAUGGACGGACAUAUGCAGGAAGCUGAGCAGGCCUUACAUAGUCAGCAAGCUACCGCAGCCACUUCAGGUCUACCGAUCAGCCUGCAGCAAUUGUUUGGUCAGCAGAGAGCUUCCGACGCCGCGUGGAGUGUAAGAGCUCACAACCUCGAUGGGAGCCACCAGCAAGCCGCGCCGGCCCCAACGAACGGCCAGCAGAAUGACAAUGUACCACGAUCCGGACCUCAGCAAUCUGAUGUGCUUGGUGACCUCUUUAGGAGAGCAGGUCUGACGGCAAAAUAGACUACAUAGACAACAUUCCUGCAUAAGCAAUUCUCCUCUAUCGACAUUUUAG